AAAAAUGGAAGGUACAGGAAAUGGAUCCAUGAUGAAUUUAACUUUUAAUACACCCUGUGGAGAGGCAAUAUGUCUGAAUCAAACAGUGACCUUGACCUUGGAGAUUAUAACCAUCAUUCUGGCAGUGGUAGGUGUUACUGGAAAUUUAGUCACUGUUUUAGCUAUUAUAACAUCACCCUUGAAAAUGAACAUCAACAGUAUUCUCAUUGGAAAUUUAAGUUUUGCAGAUGUAUUAUAUUUAGCCUUAGUUCUUCCAUUGCAAGCUGUGGCCUUUCAUUUUCGUAGCUGGCCAUUAUCAGAUGUUGUAUGUAAACUUCAUGCUGCAACCAGAAUUUGGUUAAUUGGAGUAAAUAUGAUGUUACUAAGUGCUAUUGCUUUAUACCGGUGUCUUCAUAUAGUUCAUAUUCAAAGUUAUCAAAAGUUUACUGCUCGUGGUCCAUUUAUUUCUGCUAUAGUUCUGUGUUGGAUUUUUCCACUAUAUUUUUGUAUAACUCCCUUAAUCGGAGUUUGGGGUGAUUUUUCAUUUCAAAAUAUGAUUUUGAGAUGUACUUUUGACCCCCAGGCAGAGAAAUCACACAAAAUUACUACAAUAACAUUAGGUUAUGUGAUUCCGUGUUUGUUUAUAUUAGUAUGUUAUGCCAGAAUAGGAUGUGUAGCUUACCGAACUCGUAAACGUGUGUCUCGCGCCAGUAUCUAUCGUAAACAAAAAGCUCAACGAGAAUCUUUAAGACUAACAGGUAUGAUGGCCUGUAUUUAUAUUGGAUUUUUACUCGGCACCACUCCUUAUUUUCUUACCAAUUUGUUUGAUCCCAAGUAUACAAAACAGAUUGCCCACAUUCUGGCGCCAUUUUUAGCCUGGUUAUUAUACUCUUUAAAUCCAAUUAUAUAUACAUUAAUGGACAGGAAUUUCCAGACAGCCUAUAGACGUCUG